AUGGCGCAGCCGGCUCCGAGGGCAGCCCGCUCCGAGGGCAGCCCGCUCCCUGUCGCCGCCCCGCUCCGCUUCCCCGCUGCCGACCCUGCGGCGCUGGCGGAUGACGCCGCGCCCGCCCGGAGGCUUCGCCUUCCUCAGCCCGGACGUGACGCGUUUGGCGGCCGCCGCCGGAGCGGCCCCACGUGGUGGUACGAGCGCACCGCGGAGCAGGGUCUGUAUCCGAGCGGCCUCUCCGCGCCCGACAUGAACCCCUUCGCCUGGUACCCGCCGCCCCCGCCGGGGCUGCCUCCGCCGGGCAUCCCCCCACCCUUCUUCUGCCCACCGCCCUCCUGGGACACGAGCUUCUGGGCUGCCCCCGUGCCGUACCCCCCGUCCGGCCGGUACCCGCCGCCCGACAGCCACCCGCCGCCCAGCACCUACGCGUCCGCCGACACGUACUCGCAGCCCAAGAGCUACUCCCAGCCCGCCGAGUCCUACUCGCAACCCGCCGACAGCUACCCGCCCGCUGAGAACUACUCAGAACCCGCCCAGAGCAUCCCUCCCGCCGAGAGCUACUCCCAGCCUGCCCAGAACUUUCUGCAGCCCGAGGGCUACCCGCCUGCUCAGAGCUACCCGCAGCCCGAGCGCUACCCCGCUGCGGACAGCUACUCACAGCCCAAGAGCUUCCUUCCCCCUCACAGCUACGCCUCGCCCACCGCCUGGUUCCCGCCGGCCUACGGAGCGCGACCGCAGGGCCCGCACGCUGGUGGAAAUGGUAAUUUCUCCCAGAAGUGGCACGGCAAGCAAGUGCCUGCAUUUAGUAAACAUUGUCCAGAAGAAAGUAACAAGCCAAAGACCAAAAAGAAAAAAGAGCCAGUCUUCUCUCAUUACUGUGAUACCUGUGACCGUGGCUAUAAAAACCAGGAGAAGUAUGAUGAACAUAUUUCACAGCAUAAACAGUGCACAGAAGAAGGUUGCAAUUUCAGUGCACAUGAGAAGAUUGUUCAGAUACACUGGAAGAAUGCACAUGCACCUGGUGCUAAAAGAAUAAAAUUGGAUAGCCCAGAAGAGAUUGCUAGAUGGAGAGAAGAAAGAAAAAGAAAUUUUCCUACGUUGGCAAACAUUGAAAGGAAGAAGGAAAUGCAGAUGCAGAAGGAGGAAAGGGGAGAAGUGCUGACUACCCAACAGUUUGGAAAAAUGAAAGGGAUGUGGAAACCUCCAGAAAAUGGAGAGGCUUUUGGGCGUCAAGGAAGACACAGGAGAAGACAAUGGCGCCCGUUCUGGAAGAAAUUUAGGAAAAAUGGUGGCGAUUAUCAUGCACAUAGAACUCAAAAUGAAGCCAAUGGAGCAGAAGACAGCAUGUGUGAAAAGGAACAUGAGAAGCAAAAUCCUUUGGCAGGCCAAGCAUAUGAGAAAGACGUGGACCCUCUUGGUCUUCUGGCAAACGGUGAUGUUGAAUCUGACAAGGAGGAGGCAGCUGAGGAAGAUGGGAGACUGGGAUUGUCAGUUGUCCCCAGGCAGGUGACUUCUGCCCUUAGCGCGCUGUCGGUCAACUAUGGCAGCGCAUCCGACAGCGAGCCGGAAGAAAUCCCUGUCAAGACUGCAACAAAAGCUGAGGGAAACCAGGCUGUGCUCAGAAAUACGCCUCAAACUACUCCUGCUCCUCGGAGUCAGAAACCAAAUCAAAACCGCCCAGAAUGUGCAGGCACAACGUUAAGGAGCUCGAAUUCGAGUGCACGUCCCCCCAGAGGACCUGAUAAGUGGGGCAGGAAAACAUUACCUCGCCUUCCCAAGCGCCGUCCAACUCUGCUGGAAAUGUUACUGGCCCAGGACAUCCGACACGAAAGGAAUGUGAUUUUGCAGUGUGUUCGAUACCUCAUCAGAAAUAACAUGUUUGGACUUCAUCUUAACACAGAACCACAGGCUGAAGCAGAAACUGAACAGUCCUCUACAAGUGCAGCAGAGCCUUCGAUGGACAAACGCGAUGAAUCUAAUUGUUCUUGUAGCUCUGACCUUCAGUUGGAAGGAGCACAAGAAGAUGCAUUACUAAUAGCCCAGGGUGAGAAAGAACCUGUGGAUCAGACUUCACAGAUGGCUCAGUUGGCAGAUGAGGACAUGUGGGAAACCCCAUCAAUUCAGUGUGAAGGAGCACUGUAGAGGAUGUCUGUUAUGGACAGCAAAGCAAAGGCUCACAUUUUCUACCCAACUGAUGCUUUUUGAAAGACAUCAGUGUAACAAAAAAUCAUUAAAGUACAUACUGAGAGCUGUUAAAACCACUUUCCUGAUCUGUUCUGCCCUCGGUGGCCAUUUCCUUGGAAAACAUGUUGAGUAAUUCCAUUUCCACAUGGCACAAAGGCAGCAGUGGCACAGAGUAUGACCUUCCCUAGAGUAGGUGCAGAUCCCCACUCUAGAGCUUCAGAGCUUGGAGUGUCUUACCUUCUUAGGAAAUGUGUGUGAGUCCAUCACCAGAGCCAAGUAGGAUGGAUCUUCCUCAUGUGAAGUCAUGGUCUGGUGUGUGUGGAGUAUCUUGCGUGUCCAGAAGUAUUUCAGUGUAGUUUCAAAUGACAAUUGAGUGCACCCGUUGUUUUACUAAAGCUGUUAUAAGAUAUAUCCAAUAUAAAUCUAAUAUAUCCAGUGUAAAAUAUGGAAGAUAUAACUGACCUGGCUCAAAAAGUACUGCUUGUACCAGGAAUCUCUUCCUCCCUGAAUUAAUUUGUUAAUUGAGCACAGAAUGAAAACAAGGGCACAGGCUUUAUUUAUUUAAAAAACAAAUAAAUAAAAAUACUAUAACUGCUUGCAUCAGUGCUGGGUUGCUGGUUGACCUCAGGUACCCAAUACUGAGCCUUUGGCCGUAACUGCUGUUACAGUUAUUGCCUGACAAAUUAACUCCUGAAUAUUAUUAAAAACCCUCAAUAUUAUUAAAACCCUCAAUAUCAUUAAAACCCUUAAUAUUAUUAUCGAUGUUUAGAAAGCUUGCUACAAGUUACUGGUUACCUUUUUCAUACGUUGGGAAUUUAUUAGUUGGCCUUCUGGAAGGAUGCCUUGGUACAUUGUUAUGAUGCUGCUACAGCACCCAGUGAUUGGGUUUUUUUUCAUGGGUUUGUGCGUACAUCCAUAGUGUUCUGAGCGCUAAAAAAAAAGCAUCAGUCAAGGUUUAGGGACAAAUUUAGUCUUUUGAUUAUAUUGUGCAUUUGUUUGCCAGAAUGUUUCUUGUCAAGGCCAGGUGUUAGUUUGUCACAUUGACACUGAAAACAUGCCACAAAAAAAAAAUCUAUUCUCAAAACCUCCGCUUCAGAAUCUGCUCUUUGUCUUUUAGUCAUGGUUAAAUGUAGCAGUUAACUCUCAGGGACUGGCUUUAUUUUCUUUUUCUUUGGUAGAAGUCUAGCCUUCCAUUCCACCAUCUGAAAUAGGGAGACUCACGUGGGGGGGUUUAUUGUCUAAUAGCUGUAUUUUCUUUCCUUUAGUUCCUUAAGUUGAGAUGCCACACAUCUCAUUUGUGGAGUAUAGGAAACAAGAAAUAGUUGAAAAUUCUGUCCUGCUGCUCUGCUAUUUAUAACUACAACUGCAUAUCGUGUUGGUAAUGCACUGUCUAAAUUUAUGGAAUUAUAUAAAUACCAACACCCUUGUAAAAGUUGUGUGUCUCAAGGAUAUAUGUGCAGAAUAGAAGCAGUGAUCAUAAACAUUUAUAUUUCCAAGGCAGAUGAUUCAUUCUUCCCAUGAUGAUCUCACGAGCCAUCUCAAUCUCCCUGACUUGCCUCUGGCUCUUACAGUUUUACUGCAAUGAAAA